AUGUCUAUCGAGAUAAUACAGACGUCCGAAGUCUGCAAAACCGAGACUAGUGCGGAUGGAAAGCCUUCCUCGCCCACAGAAGACUAUGAAUUCUGGCCUAAAAAUGGCGAAAACUGUGCAAAGAUGAUCACUCAGGCCUUGCUCAACUUGAAGUCCUCUUUUCCAAACGUGGAGUCCGUUGAUAUCGUCUUGUGGGACUUGAAUAAAGCCGCCUUCUAUGUUUCCGAUUGGAAAGAAGCCAUUGCCGCGUUACAAAGCGGUUGGAAAGGUCUACGGGUCUUUAUCGACCUCUAUGUUUUCGACUACUAUGACGAAAACGCUGGAGAUGGAGAAUUUAACUACAGUCAGGGUUGGGAUCAACAAUACAAGGAACAGAAGGAUGUGUACUUUACGGUGACUAAUCUGAAGUGGAAAGAACCGGCCAAGGAUGAUGAGCACUAUCACGGACAGGUGAUGGAUCCCGCUGCUUGGGAGCUGUUGGAUGACGAGGAUCCGCCAUCGGAGUCGGUCUUUGAGAACGCAUUGAAUCUGUAUUCUACGACUGUUCGCCCGAUGUACGUCACAUGCUUGACUGAUUGA